AUGGUGUCCCAUCCAGAAUUUGAGCGAGCAGGUAAAGAGGCGGGGCUUCAGGUGUGGCGAGUGGAGCAGAUGGACCUGGCUCUGGUUCCUGAGAGCCUUCAUGGGCGGUUCUACACCGGAGAUGCUUACGUCGUUCUGAACAGCACCAGCAACCGCCGAGGAGACCUGCAGUACGACCUGCACUACUGGCAAGGUUCCGAGUGCUCUCAGGAUGAAAGCGGCGCCGCCGCUAUUCUUGCUGUCCAGAUGGAUGACUUCCUGGAGGGGGCGCCGGUCCAGUACAGAGAAGUCCAAGGCCACGAGUCCAGUACCUUCAGUGGGUACUUCAAAACGGGCCUCACCUACAUGAAAGGAGGCGUGGCCUCAGGGUUCAACCAUGUGGUAACCAAUGAGGUGGAAGUGCAGAGGCUGCUGCAGGUCAAAGGUCGUCGUGUUGUCAGGGCAACGGAGGUUCCUGUCAGCUGGGAGAGUUUCAACCAGGGAGACAGUUUCAUCCUGGACUUGGGACAGGAAAUCAUCCAGUGGUCCGGUUCCCAUAGCAACAGAUUUGAGAAACUUAAGGCCACCAUGGUCUCAAAGAGUAUCCGUGACAACGAGCGGUGUGGGCGCGCACAACUCCAGGUUGUCAAUGAAGGGGAGGAGCCAGAGAAGAUGAUAGAGGUCCUGGGAGAGAAACCAGAACUUCCUGAGUCCCACAGCGAGGACACGGCGACAGACGGCGCCAACAGGAAGAUGGCUAAGCUCUACAAGGUGUCCAACGCUGGCGGGGACAUGGAGGUCACCUUGGUGUCGGAGCAGAACCCGUUCUCCCAGGAUGCCUUGGACUCCAGCGAGUGUUUCAUCCUCGACAACGGAGCGAACGGACGCAUCUUCGUCUGGAAAGGUAGGGAUGCAAACAAUGACGAGCGGCAGGCUGUUCUGCAGAGCUCAGAGAAGUUCAUCCAGCAGAUGAACUACCCGCCCUACACCCAGGUCCAGGUCCUGCCUGAGUACGGCGAGACUCCGCUCUUCAAGCAGUUCUUCAAAUGCUGGAAGGACGCCGACGACACCGUCGGCAUGGGGAAGGCCUACGUCUCCAAUAAAGUGGCAAAGAUCGAGAAGGUGCCCUUCGACGUGUCAAAGCUGCACCAAUCAGAUUCCAUGGCAGCGCAGUACGGGAUGGUGGACCGAGGAGAUGGAGAGAAGAAGAUCUGGAGGAUCGAAGGAUCCGAUAAGGUUCCAGUGGAUCCGGCUUCCUUCGGUCAGUUCUACGGAGGCGACAGUUACCUCAUCCUGUACCAGUACCAGCACAGUUGCAGACAAGGUCACAUCAUCUACAUAUGGCAGGGGGCGGAGUCUAGUCAGGAUGAAACUGGGGUGUCGGCUCUUCUCGCCAUCGAGCUGGACAAUGAACUGGGAGGCAGUGCGGUUCAGGUGAGGGUUGUACAAGGCAAAGAGCCCACCCACCUCAUGAGUAUGUUUGGAGACCAACCAAUGGUGGUGUACAAGGGCGGAACGUCCAGGGAGGGCGGACAGUCCCAAGCUGCCGAGACCCGUUUGUUUCAGGUCCGAGCCAAUCCAGCAGGAGACAGCAGAGCCGUAGAGGUGGAUCCGUCCUCCUCCUCUCUGAACUCCAAUGACGUGUUCCUCCUGGUGUCCUCCUCUGGAUCCUGGAUGUGGAAAGGCAAGAGCAGCAGCUCGGCUGAGGCUAAAGGAGCCGAACAUCUGGCUGAGAUCCUGCAGGUGACUCCCACCUCGCUGGAGGAGGGGGAGGAGGAAGACGGCUUCUGGGACGCUCUGGGAGGAAAGGAGGACUACUGCCACUCUCCUCGGCUCCACAACAUGGACGCUCAUCCUCCUCGUCUCUUCGCCUGCUCCAACAAGACCGGAAACUUCCAGAUGGAGGAGGUUCCAGGAGAACUCACCCAGGACGACCUGGCUGCUGAUGAUGUCAUGAUUCUGGACACCUGGCAUCAGGUGUUCGUCUGGAUUGGAAAGGAGGCCCACGAGGAGGAGAAGGUGGAGGCUGCAGCGUCAGCUGAACGGUACAUCAGCACCGACCCGGCUCGCAGAGACCCGCGGACCCCUGUUGUGACGCUGAAACAGGGAUUCGAACCACCAACCUUCACCGGCUGGUUUCUGGGCUGGAAUCCCGACUACUGGAACGAGGACCCACUGGAGCGCCUCCUGCAGAGCCUGUGACAUCACUUCCUGUUUGCUGUGCAGCAGAAUGAAUAAAGGCCAGAGUGAGCCGGUU